GGCUCGCGGCGGGGGUCGGCAGGGGGCCGGGUGGCGGAAUGAUGGAGGAGGAGGAACUGGAGUUCGUGGAGGAGCUGGAAGCCGUGCUGCAGCUCACGCCCGAGGUGCAGCUGGCCAUCGAGCAGGUGUUUCCAAGCCAGGACCCUCUAGAUCGAGCAGAUUUCAAUGCUGUCGAAUAUAUCAACACCCUGUUCCCAACAGAGCAAUCCCUGGCGAACAUAGACGAAGUCGUGAACAAAAUUAGGCUGAAAAUAAGGAGACUGGAUGACAAUAUUCGAACUGUUGUAAGAGGCCAGACGAACGUGGGGCAGGAUGGACGGCAAGCACUUGAAGAGGCUCAGAAAGCUAUCCAGCAGCUCUUUGGCAAAAUCAAAGACAUCAAAGACAAAGCUGAAAAGUCAGAGCAAAUGGUGAAAGAAAUCACCCGUGACAUUAAGCAAUUAGAUCACGCCAAACGCCACCUGACCACCUCAAUCACCACGCUGAACCACCUGCACAUGCUGGCAGGAGGUGUCGACUCCCUCGAAGCCAUGACCAGGCGAAGACAAUACGGAGAAGUUGCUAAUCUCCUUCAGGGUGUGAUGAAUGUCCUGGAACACUUCCACAAGUAUAUGGGGAUUCCACAGAUCCGGCAGCUUUCUGAAAGAGUGAAGGCUGCGCAGACUGAGUUAGGACAGCAAAUCCUGGCCGAUUUUGAAGAAGCGUUUCCUUCCCAGGGCACCAAGAGACCCGGAGGACCCAGCAACGUUCUACGAGAUGCGUGUCUGGUUGCUAAUAUUCUAGACCCCAGGAUCAAACAGGAAAUCAUCAAAAAGUUCAUUAAACAGCAUCUGUCAGAGUAUCUAGUACUUUUUCAAGAAAACCAAGAUGUUGCUUGGCUGGACAAAAUCGACAGACGCUACGCCUGGAUAAAACGCCAACUUGUGGACUAUGAGGAGAAAUACGGCCGCAUGUUUCCACGUGAGUGGUGCAUGGCUGAGAGGAUUGCGGUGGAGUUUUGCCACGUGACAAGGACAGAACUUGCCAAGAUUAUGCGUACCAGAGCGAAGGAAAUUGAAGUGAAAUUGCUUCUUUUUGCUAUUCAAAGAACAACUAACUUUGAGGGGUUUCUCGCAAAACGCUUCUCUGGCUGCACCCUGACCGAUGGGAGCCUGAAAAAGCUUGAGUCUCCACCCCCAUCUACCAAUCCCUUCCUGGAAGAUGAGCCAACACCAGAGACGGAGGAACUGGCAACGGAGAAAGGAGAUUUAGAUCAACCAAAGAAGCCUAAAGCCCCAGACAAUCCAUUUCAUGGCAUUGUUUCCAAGUGUUUUGAGCCUCAUCUCUACGUGUAUAUCGAAUCCCAAGACAAGAACCUUGGAGAGCUGAUAGAUCGGUUUGUGGCUGAUUUCAAAGCCCAGGGGCCACCUAAGCCCAACACUGAUGAAGGGGGUGCCGUGCUCCCCAGCUGCGCCGACCUCUUCGUCUACUACAAGAAGUGCAUGGUGCAGUGCUCUCAGCUCAGUACGGGGGAGCCCAUGAUCGCCCUGACCACCAUUUUCCAGAAGUACCUUCGAGAAUACGCCUGGAAAAUCCUCUCUGGCAACCUGCCCAAAACCACAACCAGCAGUGGAGGGCUGACCAUCAGCAGCCUCCUUAAGGAAAAGGAAGGCUCAGAAGCAGCCAAGUUCACUCUGGAGGAGCUCUGCCUCAUCUGCGGCAUCCUGAGCACAGCAGAGUACUGCCUGGCCACCACCCAGCAGCUAGAAGAAAAGCUCAAAGAAAAAGUGGAUGUAAGUCUGAUUGAACGAAUCAAUCUGACUGGAGAGAUGGACACGUUCAGCACCGUCAUCUCCAGCAGUAUUCAGCUGCUGGUUCAGGAUCUGGAUGCCGCCUGUGAUCCUGCCCUGACGGCCAUGAGCAAGAUGCAGUGGCAGAACGUGGAGCACGUUGGGGACCAGAGCCCCUACGUCACCUCUGUCAUCCUGCACAUCAAGCAGAACGUCCCCAUCAUCCGUGACAACCUGGCCUCCACACGCAAGUACUUCACUCAGUUCUGCAUUAAGUUUGCAAACUCCUUCAUUCCCAAAUUCAUCACCCACCUCUUCAAGUGCAAGCCAAUCAGCAUGGUGGGAGCAGAACAGCUGCUGCUGGACACCCACUCGCUGAAGAUGGUCCUGCUCGAUCUCCCCUCCAUUGGCUCGCAGGUGGUGAGGAAGGCACCCGCCAGCUACACCAAGAUUGUCGUCAAAGGCAUGACCCGGGCUGAGAUGAUCCUCAAGGAAUCACAGUACGUCAAGGCAGAAGGAUCAAGUACCGUGUACCCGUGAAAUCCUCCAGCAGGGACCCUCUCACGCAGGGUUUCCCAAAUGGUUCCGAUAGUUUAAAAACCACCUGGGACCCCACCCAGGCCUACUGAAUUACGGUCUUUAGAGGAGGGGUCCAGGAACCUGUACGUCACAAAGGAGCGCAGGUGUAUUUAGGAUUCAGCAAAUUUAGGACGUCGCUGUGGUGGCAUGUGACGAUGAGAUGGGCCACUGGGGCGUUUGUAGGUCGGGUUGCUGCUGCUUAAGGAAGCCUCGCAGAAUCCGUUUUGCGCUCGGCUGGCAAGUGAGGAGUGAGCUUCCUGAGGGGCCUGCUCCUGUCUCC